AUGAGUGAAGCUGAUGCCCAAAAUGGUUCUGAUAGCUUUUCUCAGGGAGGUCAUGAGGAAAGACAUCGUGACCGGCAUAUAACCGAAGAUAGGCAUCGUGAAGAGCGUGAAGAUAGACACAGGGACCGUCAUCACGACGAAAGGCACGAAGAUCGUCAUAGCGAUCGACGUGAUGACAGGAGAAGUCCACCUAGCAGAUCUCGUUCACGGUCUCUGCGCAGGGCUUCUCGCUCGCCCCGUGAAAGAAGAAGUUCGGAAGAAGACGAUAUCAAUCCUGGCAAUAAUCUCUUCGUUACUGGUCUCUCGAUUAGGACCGAGGAUCGUGAUCUAGAAGAAUAUUUUUCGAAAUUUGGCAAGGUAUCUAAAGCGCAAAUUAUGUACGAUCCUCAUACUCGUGAAUCGCGUGGUUUCGGUUUUGUCACUAUGGAGACUACUGAUGAAGCUGAUGCUGCCAAAGAGGGUCUUAGCGGUACAGAAAUCCAUGGGCGUGUUGUGACUGUAGAGAAAGCGCGUCGUUCUAAGGCUAGGACUCCCACUCCUGGCCGAUAUUACGGACCACCAAAACGAAGAGAACCUCGUCGAGUCGAUCGAUUUGAUCCUAGAUAUGAAUACAGAUCCUAUGAUCGUUAUGAAAGACCUCCGAGAGGCUAUGGCCGGGAUCCUUACUAUGAUCGUGCUUAUGAUAGACCUUACUACGAUAGAGGAUAUGAUCGAGGUUAUGAACGAGGUUAUGAUCGAAGCUAUGACAGAGCUUAUGACCGAGAUCGCCGACCACCACCAGCAGCCCGUUAUGAUCCAUAUGCGCGUCCACGAUCACCUUAUUAA